AAUGGCUCCGGGGAACAACUUCAAUAACAAUAACAACAAUGCUCUGCAACCUCGAGUACCAUUUGUCAUUACCCCUGAACAAUUCGUGGAGAAUCAGCGAUGGAUACAGCGGCAGGUGGAGUUGCUCAGCGAUUUUAACAGAAGAGGAGUGGAGACGUAUCUAAGGGCACAGCAGUCAUUGCAGAGAAGGAUUGCCGAGGGCGAUAUAGCUAGACAACAGUUGGAGGACUUGCAGCGUAUUUCAAACAUGAGGCCAAUCACGGAGAGGCCGAACAUUUUUGCGAAUGACGUUUCUCAGUAUGCAGGUCCCAGCCACUUAGCGAAUCAACGCCAACCUGUUCUGUCCCCUACCAACCUCGUAAAUCCAACGAAUGUUUCGAUGAACAGUCAGGCGGCGUACACAACGAAUGGAAUCUCUGCCAAUAAUUACACGAUUGGGGCUCAGAUGCCUUUAUCACCUGAUCGGGACUAUAAUAAUGUGUUUCAACAAGGUUCCUCGCGGGUCACCAAUGGGGAGAUCUAUUUGAAAGAACCAUACCCUGACGUGACUCAACAUCAGCAACAAAAUACACAGACGGAAUACGUCCGAUCGAGACAAACGCCUUCGAGCAUAGAUCCAAUUCAACAAGUAGCUGAAAGGCAGACUGCGAACGAGCAAUCGCGUUUUAGGACUAGUUACGCCCCAUCGAAUGUUGGCGGGCGACGAGCUUCGGGACAAUCGAGCAUCCCGCAAUCGGGCAUCCCACAAUCGGGCAUCCCACAAGCUAUCUUUCAGCGGAUAUACGCAAGAGAACGCUCUAUUCCGGAAUCAAUGCGAAUGUCUGGCGAAGGAUCAGGGCGAGGGCAUCAUGUUCCAGCGGCUAGCACUAGCUCCUCCCUUGCAGGUGCUUUAGGAGAUUAUGCGAAUGCGCACUUACGGGGAAACGCCAGUGGUUAUCAAUUGAACAUGGACCAACCGUUGCAUCUCGACUCUCAGACGAGACUUAGUGAACCUCGUGAAACCCAGAGGACACUUCCAAACCAGGUACAGGUACCAGCCGGAGAAGAUCAUGCGAGGCGAGAUAGCCGUCUUCAUGAACCAGUAUUCAACGCUACUCUAGCACAGCAGCAGCCCCUGGACGCUAGUGGUUAUCAACCAAGUAGGGAUCAGUCGUUGCAAUUUGACCCUCGGACGAGAGACGCAAGAGAAGCUGGUGCAACUCAAAGGACCCUUCCAAGCCAAGUACAGGUACAGGCCGGAGAAGAUCACGCGAGGCGAGACAUUCGCCUUCUUGAGACGGUGCUCAACACUACCCUAACACAGCAGCAGCCCAUAGGCACUGGUGGUUAUCAGCCGAACAGCGAUCGAUCGCUGCAAUUUGACUCUCGGACUAGAAACGCAAGAGAAGCUGGUGCAACUCAAAGGUCACUUCCGAGCCAAACACAGGGACAGGCGGGAGAAGGUCAUGUGAGGCGAGACGAUCAUCAUCAUGAGCCUACUUUCAGUAGUACUGUAUCACAGCGGCAGCCCCUGCCAACGGUAAAGGACUUCCUUGACCUUCCUCCCAUGUCACCUGAGGAACUACUACAGAGGCAGAAUGAGCUCGAUAAUAUAAUCAAGCUGCAAGAUCGAGUCCAGACUUAUCCCAUUAAAGACACGGUAUCCAUCGUCCACGGCGAUGAUAGGGCAUACCUCCGCACUGAGGGUCCCACACAGCUUAUCGCCGAGAAUCAGAAUGCCGAUUCACGCAGUGCUACGUCCGAAUACCAGGGCUUAUCAAACGUACAUUCGGUUAGAAGCCCGCAAGCAACAGGAGCUGAACCUGUUUCCCAACAACAUGUCAACUCUACGGCUCCACCACCUUCGGGAACUAGUUCAAAUAACUCCGUUCCGCCAUUUUUCAAUGCAAAUCCGGCUGCUUUGGCAAGCACUGUGAAUCCUGCACUCCUCCAGCAGAAGAUUCCAGUAUCACCUGGCCCACACACUUCAGACACUUCAAAAUUCUUUCCUCCUCCUGAGAUCAAAAUGCCCGUCCCCCCGUACACUUCUGCAACGUCCCACUCUGACACUUCUGUACAUCCACCUCCCGCCACGCAAACUAUGCAAAGUCCUUCGGUUUCGAAUGGUCAGAAAGAGAUUCGUAUGACCACACCACCACCGCAUGAUAAUAGACCACCGAUCCCGAUAACACCCGACUCUGCAAACAAAAAGACACUUGCCAAGGACAUACUUUGGGCUUUUGGAAUUAUACCAGCAAAACGGAGUGCUUCCGAACCAUCAUCGACGUCUUCUGAGGACGAACUACAGCCACCGCUGAAAAGGCAGGCUGUGGAACCCGUAACUGUGAUGAUGCAAGAUUUAACCGACGACCCGCCCGUUAUGACCUUUGAAACGAAUCCAGGUAGCGCUAGGAUUGAAGAAGUUCCUGAUAGCGAAGCUGAAGACGACGACAAUCCUGGAUCAGCCGUGUCAAAUCCUUUAGCUGAUUAUACUACAAUCGACGAUCAUGUGGAGUUGGUUCCAGUAUCAAAUUCGGAUACAACUGGCGCAUCGGAUGCAAAUCCUCAUACCGAUCAGCCGCCUCCUGUAUCUGCGGUGGAAUCACAUGCUUCUAGUGAGGAUGUUAUGCUCGUAGACACGGUGCUGCAACAUCCCCCUGAGGAUUCCUCUAAUCCUUUAUUCUUACCCUCUCCGGAUUCACCGCAAAGUUCGUCUUCGCCUCCUUUGGCUGUACGAAGGACCAGACGGGAGACCAGUGGUCCUUCAUCAAGUCCCACCUCGUCUCGGAAACCGGCGAAAUAUCCAACGCAGCGCUCGCAAGUCUUCGUGGAAGUCCCAAAGUUAACAGAAGAGCAACGAUUAUUGUUCUUUAAGCGGAGAACUAAUCCAUCGGUGGUGCAGCAACGGGCGAGCCGUCGAGAGACUAAGAGUACAGUUGACGUCACAGCGCCCGUCGAUGAGGUCACUCUCAAGUUAGCCCAACAAGCUAGCGAAAUUUCUUCAUCGCGCCUUCGGGAACGUCCAUGUCUCUGGAUCGAUUGUUCCCACGUCGCGAAUAGUGCGAAGACUCUAAUAGCACACGUUCAGGAUCAUGUUACUUCAAUUCCAGAAAAGGAGAAGAUAUUCCCGUGUUGGUGGGAUGACUGUAUUCGCCGGUUCAACAAACGAGAUGCAUUGGCUCAGCACCUUCAGAAUCAUGUGAAGAAGUCCAUUUAUUGCCCAUAUCAAGGAUGUGAAAAUCAAUUUGCGCAUCAGCUGGAGCUUCUAGCGCACAUUAAGGGCAGACACGUAUCGGAAAGUAGCGAACUACGACCAACCACCCAGCCGUUUCGACCGUCGCCGAGGUCAAAACUUCCGCCUCUUAGGAGUAUGCUUGCGUACCAGGCCGUGGACACACCCGUACAGAUGGCGCGAAUGUCGAAGGAGCGGAGGUAUAGGCUGGGUCCUUGGGUAUUGAAGAACUGCUUUGGUUCCGUCAGCCUUGGAGGUCUUAAGCUUAAUGCUCGCAACCAACCUCAGGGACGUCGGCCCGGAGACGUCGAGCAGAAGGUGCUGGGUGACUGGCACGAUCGAUACGACUUCGUGGAGCCGGAGGGUGCGACGUAUCCUUCAAACUUAGCGGACCUGGAAUCAUCAAAGGCCACGCAAGAAAUCGAGGCUGGGUUACUCCUCGCUCCUGAUCUGGCUGGUCCGAGUGGCCCGCUGGAAGAGCAGCUUCUGACCUCCAGAGCGGAUCGUAUCAAACACGACGAUACAUAUAUCAUCAAGUCGGAGCGUCAUUCGGAGGAGUCUGAGGAGCCUGCUGCGGAGAUAAAAGAAGAAGAGCCCGAUAUCGAGAUAGAUGAACUUCGUUCUUCAGCAUCACCAGUGAUGCUAGUGCCUGGCACUCCUUCACAGGACACGUCUAGCGUGUACCAGGAUUUCCUUGGCGUCGGCGAGCCACAGGCUGACGAACCAAGCUCGUUGUGAAAUAUGUCCUAUUUUCUGUUUCUUUUUUCAAUGAAUUCCACCGUAUGCUUUUCUUGGGUUUGAAUAGUUCAAGUGUUUUGUAACAGAUCGGCAAUUGUGUAACUGUUUUUGCAAGAAUAUUAAUGAAUUGAAUGC